AAGUGCUAGUAUUAUGUGAGAGGCACGGCGUCCUUCCGUAAAACAUUGCGGCGAGAGCUCAAAAACUUGUCUUGCGUCAGCGGACCGAGGACUCCGUGAGCACUCUGUUCUCUAUAUAUCCCGGGAACUCACUCCAUAGCGUCAUCGGUUUUAAAAGUAAACUGGUGGACGCAUUCGCUGCUAUAAAUACUGCCAGAGGUGGUCCUUUUAAACGCGCCUCAAUCAACAGAAAGCACGGGCGCCCCCGUUGUCUGAAGUAUGAGUCUACGUUGCUCGCAGUAAACCCAGCAACUCACGCCUAAACUGCAUGUCCGCGCAACGCGUUUUAUUUUAUUUAUUUUUUUAAAUCUAUUUUUGAACCUGUGACCACCCUCGGCGCAAGCCGCUGUGUGUGUGUGUGUGCGUGUGUGGAGCACCGGCAUCAGCGACCUGCUCGCCCGGAAAAAUCUGCUGUUCGCAGAGGAACGCAGUCGGGUCACAUUCUCCGCUCCUGUGAAGGGAUCGGGCUGAACUCGGCGACUGACGUUUGUCGCAUUGGGAAGCCGGCAGAGGGCAAAAGUCACAAGUCGUGGGGACUCUCGCCGGAGGGACGGAGGCGUCCAGAAUGCGCCUGGACUCUGACGGAGCCUGGGCGGCACCUGACGAGUUCGAGACUGCGUGGUGAGAUUAAAGUGGGUCAUUCAUUGUUGCGGGAGUGAGAUUUUAGUACAGUGGUGGCCUCUACGAGCAAACAUAAAACAACGAGAAGCUUGCUGAGACGUCCAAGGAGUGGCAGAUAACAUCGGCUUCGGCAACGAGGUCUCGGCUUCCUUGUUUGCGGUUCCGAUGCCGGUCGCAUUGAUCGGAGCUGAAAACGCAGCCCUGCGAGAGGAGCUUCGACAUCUUUCCGCGAUCACGGGAUGCUGCGAUGUGCGAUUUAGGGAGCUUCUGUAGCCCUGUCUGUGCCGGAAGAGCCGAGCAACAGCCGUGGCGCUUUUUACCGCAACAUAACAGAGGGGAGAGGAUGAAGCGACCAUGAUACCAGCCCAUGGCGUCCCAAAGGCUGCCAGGACGCCGGCCCGCAGGCGGCCCUCCGAGAUGCUGCACCUCCUGUCCGCGGUCGUGGUGUGGCUUGUGACGGGCACCACCAUCUCCAGCCUGAACAAGUGGAUCUUCGCCGUGUACAACUUCCGCUACCCGCUGCUGCUGUCGGCCCUGCACAUGCUGACGGCCAUCGUGGUGGACUACGGGCUGAUCCGGCUGCGGGUGGUGGAGCCCCGGAGCGGCGAGAGGGACCUCACGGCCCCCGCCAGGAUCAAGGUCUUCCUGCUCAGCCUGACCUUUUGCGCCAGCAUCGCCUUCGGCAACGUGGGGCUGAGCUACGUGCAGCUGUCCUUCGCGCAGAUGAUCUACACCACCACGCCGCUGUUCACGCUGGCCAUCUCCACCCUCAUCCUGGGCAAGCAGCACCACGUCCUGAAGUACACCGCCAUGAUGCCCAUCUGCCUGGGGGCGUCCUUCAGCAUCAUGGGGGAGGUGCAGUUCGACCAGAUGGGCUGCUUCUUCGUCUUCGCUGCUACAAUGUUGAGAGGAGUCAAGUCCAUUCAACAAAGCAUUCUCCUCCAAGAGGAGAAGAUCAACUCGGUCGUCUUGCUCUACCUGAUGGCCAUCCCCAGUUUCUGCAUCCUGGCCGUGGCCGCGCUGGUGCUGGAGAACUGGGCUGCCCUGGAGUCGCCCCUGCGGUACGACAACCACCUGUGGGUCUUCAUCCUGCUGAGCUGCCUGGGCUCCGUCCUCUACAACCUCGCCAGCUUCUGCGUCAUCACCCUCACCUCCGCCGUCACCCUGCACGUCCUGGGCAACCUCAGCGUGGUGGGCAACCUGCUCCUGUCCCAGCUGCUGUUCGGCUGCCAGCUGUCGGCGCUGAGCUGCGUCGGCGUGGUGCUGACGCUAUCGGGCAUGGUCAUGUACCAGAACACAGACUUCAUCGCCGGGUACCUGGCCUCCAGGAGGAGCAGAGCCCAGAGAGGGGAGGGGUCCAAACGGGACUGAGGGCGGGGCGGCUCCCGGGGAUGACUAUGAGCCUAGAGGGAGAGCAGGGGAUGAGCGGGUGGGUGGGACGUUGUUAUUUGCGUUGUCUUCUGAGCCGGCUGUGCUUCGGGAUACACUGAACCACCUGGUUAUUUAUUUACUGCCCCUGUGCCAAUAUAUAUAUAUGUAAUGAAUGAUGGUAUGCAUAUUAAUUAUCUCUCAUCCAAUCACAACAGUACAGGAGACGGGAUUGUCGUAUGACAUCUUGUUCCUCCUUUUUAGAAGUAGAAAAUAAAGUCACAGGCAGCACCCGAGCACAGCUGUUGCACCCUUAAAAGGCUCACAUUUAGCCUGUUCCUGCCCCCGGAAGCAGCCGGAAUGGGAUUCCGGCUCACGGGGGCCGAUGUAGGUUGUGGAUGUGCCAGUGCCACCCCCCGGCUUGGCCUGUGUGGAGAGGUGACAGUGGCUGAGCAGAGGAGAACCGUGUGGAAACUUAGGGUUUCUCGGAAAUGCAGACAGGCACAAAAACCUGGGUUGAAGCCCGUCGAAAUGCCCCAGUAUCUUGGGGGAAGAUCCAGGCAGCUCCUGUGCAGUCUAUGGUAUUUUUAAUACAGGGUCCUGUAAUGCACAUUUUUAUGAAACAAUAUGUUCCAUUUGCUUGCUGCAAACUUUUAGGUUUAGUUUCAUUUAGUUUUAAUGCUGGUCAGGGCUACUUUUUUGUUUAGAACCGAUAAAGCAGCAUCUGAACAUUUUCGCAUUUUCUCCACUGGAGUAAUUCAGAGCCCUGUCUCUUCACUGUGCUUAUGUUGCCUUGUGAUCGCUCUAGCGUGAAUGAGUGGAGAUUGUAGAAACUCCUUUCUCCUUCUCCCCUGUUUAGGAAGCCUCCUACGUUCUCUUCACAACUACAUAAACAUGCUGAAAAUCUGGACCCGCCUCUGGUAGGCCCCUCUCUCUGUUGAGACUGGAGUUGCUCUCCAACAGAUGCUCAGGAUUCAUUAUUGACAUCUGCUGUGUCAGUGUCAUGAUCUGAAGGUGCAUCAAUGUUGAUAUUUGUCCUUUUAUCAUCAUUUUAAAGAAGGAGAAAGAGCGGUCAGCUGCAUUUAUCAAAAACUAAGGGGAAGCCGUAACCAUUUCUGUCAGACACCAAGUAGACACCAGGAGGUCUAAUUGAAAAUGAGACUCAGGAGUGCCACAAAGAACCAGAAGUCUAACUAAGUGCUUGUUUGGUGUGCUUUUGCAAAUUUCACACAUCAUUGUCUGUUUCCUGCCUGUCAUUCUUCAUACACUCAUUGCACAGAUCUGUAAAAUCAACUGUGUACUGUUGGUAAAACCAGUCAAUGUCAAGGCUUUAUUUAUUUGUGGUUGUGUCCGCUGGUAAAGAAGAAAAAAGAUUGUUAAUUUAAUAGUUGUCAAGAUAAACCUGGUUUAAUUCAAGUACAGGACAAUCCAAACUAUUCAGCAACAUAACCAAGAGUUCUGUUUUACCAUUGAAAUAUUCAGAAACACUGGCUCAUUUACGGAUUUAUUUACAAAAACCCUUGGUUUUAACCUGCUGUAUUAUUAUUGGACAUAUCUUCAUAUCUGAAGUUGUUCUUUGUAUUGGAGAAACACAUUUUAAAGUGCUGCUUUGUACUUCUGUGGACAGCCAAGCAGCCUUCAUAUAUGUAUGUGUGUAAAUACUGUAUUAGGAUCUUAAAAUAUUACAGCACAAUGCAGAUUUGGCAGCCCUUUAAGAAAAAUAAGUAGCACUAUUCUGCUAACCUAAAGUUCUUGCAUUUACAGACCUCAGAAGCUAAGGUCAAGUGGAUCUGGCUCAUAGUGUUUGUUAAGAUGCAUCUUUUGAAAUGUUUUAAGAAAUUACUGAUUUCUUCAGAAAACGAGGUAGAUUGGUUCCGUUUACAGAACUAGAGUGCUGAAGCAGUAAAUUUGCAAACAAUGUCCUAUUACAGGGAUGUCCAGAGAACAGUGCUGUGGCAUUUACCCAGCAACAAAGACCACAUGCCACCCUUUUGUUACAAGAGGGUGUAUUUGUCCUGGUGUCACUGUGAGAUUACCAGUCCCAUUAUGGGGCCUAGAGUAAUUCUGUCGCCCUGAUUAGUUGCCAAAUAAACUCAGUUGAUAAAUACAGCUUCCACAGAAUGAAUGCAGCCUUUAAAUCUUGAUGUAACUGUGUGAUUCUUGGUCCUCCUGGGUUUCUCUAUUGUGCAAACCUCUGUGAUCCACAGUUGUGGUGGAACCCCUCUAUAAUCCUAUAAAUUGUAUUCACCCUUGAAUACACGUGCUCAAGGUCAGACUUGAAGAGAUGCAGGUUGUGAUAACACCUGUCCUGUCCAUGUUAAGCAAAUUGCACAGGCAAUUAGUUAAAAUUGCUGCCUUUUUCAACAUUCUCGUAUAACUUGAAUUGUAUGUAUAUAAUGUUACUGUUAUUGUCUAAAAGUUGGAUGUAAAUAAAUAUUUUAUUUAUGUACUUUA